CAUCUAACCAUCGCAUCUUCUUCCCGAGUGCAAGAAAUGAGAAUUGGAACCAGCUUCGCAAAGAAUUCCAAAAAUGGAAGCAAAGCUUCUUCGUUACAUCCUCUCUUCUCCAUCAUCUCGCGUUCCUUCUCGCAGCUUCUCUCGCAUUCCCGACGGUUCGUCCGUAUUCCAAUCAAUUCUGCUAAGUCUCAAAUUCAUUCUAUUGUACUUGCGUAUGAGCUUAUUUCUUACUCCCCGAGAGCUCUUCAGGCCUUCUUUCGGCAUUGCGUUUGAUAUCGAUGGCGUCAUUUUGCGAGGCAACACUCCGAUCGGAGGCUCUCCGCAGGCUCUGAAAAGGCUGUAUGACGAUAGUGGCACUUUGACAAUUCCUUAUGUUUUCUUGACUAAUGGAGGUGGUGUCCGUGAGUCUAAAAGAGCACUUGAGCUAAGCGAACUGUUGGGUUUACAAAUUUUACCUUCACAGGUUAUACAGGGUCAUACACUUUUCAAACAACUGGUAAAUAGGUAUGAGAGUGAACUUGUUAUUGCUGUAGGAAAAGGAGAACCUGCUGCAGUUAUGUCUGAGUAUGGCUUUAAAAAUGUUCUUUCUAUUGAUGAAUAUGCUUCCUACUUUGACAACAUUGAUCCUUUGGCACAAUAUAAGAAAUGGACAACUAAGCAGGUUGGGAAGAGCAGUUUCAAGGAUAUGGACCAAGGAAACAGUAUCAACUCUCAGAGAGUUCAGGCAGCAUUUAUUGUAAGCGAUUCUGUUGACUGGAGCAGGGACAUUCAGGUUCUUUGUGACAUUUUAAGAACUGGAGGUCUUCCUGGAAGGGAUAUUGGACGCCAACCACCUCUGUAUAUUGCGAAUGACGACCUUGAAUACCAGGCUGCUUUUCCUUCUGAACGUCUGGGUAUGGGAGCUUUCAGAAUUGCAUUGGAGUCCAUCUUCAAUAGAAUCCACUCUAAUGCUCUGGAGUAUACGUCUUUUGGAAAGCCAAAUCCAUUUGUUUUCAAGAAUGCUGAAACUGUACUGAGUCAACUUGUGCCAUCUCUUUAUCAUGAUGUUCAGGUUAUGGACCAUAGAAAAGCUGGACUUCAUCCUUUCAAAACACUGUAUAUGGUAGGAGAUAAUCCUUCAGUUGACAUCAAAGGUGCACAGCAGGCUGGACAUCCUUGGUUUUCUAUUUUGACAAGGACAGGAGUUUUCAAGGGAAAGGAAAACCAUGUAGAGUUUCCCGCAAAUGUGGUUGUCAACAGCGUCCAGGAGGCUGUGGAUUAUAUCUUGAGAAAGGAGUGCAAUUCCUAAUUCCAUGCCAUUUAAUUCUCAGAUUUCUAUUUCUUUUGAAAAUUUGGAAUAAAACCAUUGAACAGAAAUGCACAUAAGAACACAAUUGUUUAAUAAUGUUCAAAGAGCCAUAGCAGCUCCUUCCUUUGUUUGCGA